AACUGUAUUCUCGUGUAGCCAGCAAGGUUCGCGUUUACGAAAUUUGUUUUUAUAAGGGGGGGAGACAGGGACAGCCCAGUAUACCCCCCCCCCUCCGCUCGUACUGUACAGUGCGGAAGCCCUAUGUCUGGUUGAAAGAAGUUAAAGGAUGCGGUGAAGAUGGCGAUGAACGUGAAGAACAGAGGUGCUUAUUACCAAAAUAACGACUACUGCAGAGAUUAUAAUCCGCAGCCUUUAAACUAUGGGAACCCUCUUUUCCAGCGGUUACCAGGUCCCGAGCCCGACCUGAGGCCUCCGGUGGGCGUCAUGUGCCAGCAGCAGCAGCUGCCCUUCCCAGCUGUCCCAUCGCCCCCUGCCCUCAGGCCGCAGGCCGUGCCUCCUGACCCCCUCCGGUUUCCGGUCUGCACUACCUCUCUGUCCGUCAAGCCCCCAUCGCUGCAGCCAGCGCAGAGACCCCCUGCCCCCGCCCCCGCCCCGCCCCAGCCCGGGCCCAGACUGCAGCCCCUCGCCCCGCAGGACGAAGAGCCCCAGCCGGGGGCCCACCAGGAGCCCACCCUGGAGGAGCUCUGCAAGCCCCUGUACUGCAAGCUCUGCAACGUCACCCUCAACUCCGCACAGCAGGCGCAGGCCCACUACCAGGGUAAAAAUCACAACAAAAAGCUGAGGAAUUUCUACGCGGGGAGUCAGCAGCCUCCCCCUGUGCGGAUACCAGCAGAGGUGGUGGAGCCCGUCAGCCAGCAGACACCUGCCCCUCCUGCGGACGCAGCAGCCUCGUGCAAGCAGGCGGCGCCCUUCAAGCCGGCCGGCCGGGUGAUCCUGGCGACAGAGAACGAUUACUGCAAGCUGUGUGACGCCUCCUUCAGCUCCCCGGCUGUGGCGCAGGCCCACUACCAGGGCAAGAACCACGCCAAGAGACUGCGCCUGGCAGAUGCCCAGCAGAGCAGUCCCUUCGUAGACUCGUCAGAACCCAGCCAAAGGCGACCAAGGAAAGAGGGGAGUGAGUUUAGAGUCAUGAAGAAUCGCAGGAAUGUGCCCCCAAACGUGCCAGGGCCCUACUUCAACCCCCGGCCCCGGCAGCGCAUCCCCCGCGACCUGGCCAUGUGCGUCACGCCCAGCGGCCAGUUCUACUGCUCCAUGUGCAACUCGGGCGCCAGCGAGGAGGCCGACUUCCGGCUGCACCUGGAGAGCAAGCAGCACAAGAGCAAGGUGUCGGAGCAGCGCUACCGCAGCGAGAUGGAGAACCUGGGCUACACGUAGGGGCGUCGGGGGGCGCGGGGAGUCCCCAGGAGCGCCCCGCCGAAGGGGCCGGCCGGAGGAGGGGGGCGCGGGGCUGGACUGGGCGACCCGCCCUCACCUGGCCCACGUCCGGAGCGAACCACUGUCCCCCGUGCGUUUUGUCAAGAAGAAAAUAAUGUUGUUGCUGGAUUUCUAGGUAUUUAUUUAUUGAUAUUCUAUAAAUAUUUUUUUGAAUGCACAGUAGCACCCCCUGUUGGUAAGCUAAUCAACAUGGCCUGUCCUUGCUUUGUCAGCUGGUAAUAUGUAUCGAUCUGCAGUUUUAACUACUGUGCUGUGAUGAAACUAGCGCCUGAGAUGAGGGCUGGGAUGGGCUUUGUUCAGCCCGUCCUGGGAAUCUCAAGAAAACAACCCAGCCGAGCAAACCGUGCGUCUCGUCAGCUUUCGUGGCUUCUGGGGAUCCCCUCCCAGUCCAGCAGACGUGUUGAAGUGAAGCAGACAUUGCAGUCCAGACUUCCACCAGACAAGGUGAAUGUACUGUGAAGGCAAUGACACUUAGCAAGUUAGCUGGCUUCGUGCAGAAAAAAAACGGUUCCGAGACAAGUUUUCUUUUUCCUUGGUGUUUUUUGUGGAAGCUGUUCUGUGGUCUCGUGGGAUAUCUUUAACAUGACCUCCAAUGCUAGCCCGGCCAGAUUGCUUUUGUAAUUUGAAGCCGAUUGCGGUGCACUCAGGCCUUGCAGACGCCAGCGCCCUUUCAGUCACAGACCAUGGUGAAUCCUGUGGGGGGGUCCUGACCCCCUUCCUCGCACCAUUGAGACAUUCAAGGAUGUUCUGGUGCACUCGUGGGUUUUAGCGGAAGAACAAACUUGAAAAGAAAAACUCUUUUUUCAAUAUAUGUAAUAAUAACAACAAUAAUAAUCAAUUAAUACACUUUAACUUGAGCGUUAUAAAUAUACAGUGCAGUAUAAAGACCAUUGAUCCUCCAAUUUUAAACCAAAGUGUCCUAUACCACCACAUGAAGGAGAAUACACUCCUCACACCUGGCCAGGUAUCUGACUCCUCACACUUGGCCAGUUAUCUGGCUCUUCACACCUGGCCAGUUAUCUGACUCUUCACACCUGGCCAGUUAUCUGACUCUUCACACCUGGCCAGGUAUUGGACUCCUCACAUGUGGCCGCCAGUAGAAUAUGUCAUGUGGCCUUUGCAGUACAGAUGUUCUCGUUUUGCACGCAAUCUCAAAGCCCCUUGAAAACGGAAACUAAGCAAAAACCUGUUCUGUGCUGAAACACACUCUGGCAUUUCAGAUUUUGUUGCACUGUACUGUAGAGCCAGUUCUAGGUUUUCCCUUUUGCAGGAUGAGCUGGCCGCCAUGCUGAAAGUGCACAAGGCUCACAGGUCGUCUCACACUGCAGGGAGCCCUGCACUCCCUUCCCAAGCACUGCUUAAAUUAUUUAUUUUUUUUAUCUCUUGACACAGUGUGUCUACAGGUUACGAAUUGCCAGUGUUUUCUUUUCACACACACGAUGUACGAGAGGUGAGGCAGAGCUAUGCUGUGCCGGUUUCCCCAGUGAAAACACAGGCAGAUCUACUGCUCUGUCUGCAGAGACAGAAGCCUCUCUACUGAUUCACGGAUCAUUUAGCUGUUUGUGUGACAUUAUAUGACUUGAAUGUGAAGGUUCACGUUACUUUACACAUUUAUUUCUUUUUUGUACAUUUACUUAUUUACUAUUUGUGGAUAAAAAUGCAGAGUGUUCCUUUGUAAUUUAGUUAUUUUGAUUUGUUUGCACAUAUUUUAAUAUUGCAUGUGUUCUUUUAGUUGUGAAGGCUUUUUGUGUGUUUAAAAGCUUGGGGAGUUGUACUGAAACACUUUGCAAGCUGAAAUUAAUUGAAUUUCUGAGUCCUUUGUGUGAUUUCCAUGCUCUAGACAAGCAGUCCCCAACCUGUCUUCUGCAGACCCCGGAGAUCUGCUAAGCUCUUACAGGGGUUCCGCGGAAAAGAUGAGGUGAUAUCAACUGCUCCAACUCCGCAUGCUGGUUGUGAAGUCAGAGAAAGAGAACCAGCUUUCUCCUACAGCUAAUUACUCAACACAAACACACACACACACACACACAGGUCCUCCUACAGAUCGUUACUCAGCACACACACACAC